UUUCUUUUCUUCUCCGCAACUCCAUUAACAAACAUCUAGCCAUCUCUUCAGUUUACGUUACCCUCGACGAGACCUUCAAUUCUGAGUCAGUAAUUGAUCUAAGAGUAGGAAAGAUCAAAACUUUAAAAGUGAAAAAUGGAUACUGGUUUCCAGGAAAAUGAGCAAAAUCAAGAACUUGACUCUCACGUUACGCAUCUUAUGGAGAUUAGUUCUGGGUAUUAUGGGUGCUCACAUUAUAGAAGACGAUGCAAGAUCAGAGCACCAUGCUGUGAUGAAGUAUUCGAUUGCAGACACUGCCACAACGAAGCUAAGGAUUCUCUUCAAACUGAACAGCUCCUUAGACAUGAUCUUCCUCGACAUGAUGUUUCUAAGGUCAUAUGCUCGCUUUGUGGGACAGAACAAGACGUCCAGCAAAACUGCUCCACCUGUGGUGUAUGUAUGGGGAAGUACUUCUGCUCAAAAUGCAAAUUUUUCGACGAUGAUCUUUCCAAGAAGCAAUAUCACUGCGAUGACUGUGGGAUAUGCAGGAUGUUGCUACUCCAAAGUUUUGGAGGACAAGCACCGGUGUCUGGAAGGCGCAUUGCAUCACAAUUGCCCGGUUUGUUUUGAGUAUCUGUUUGAUUCGACAAAAGAUAUCACGGUCCUGCGAUGUGGUCACGCUGUGCAUUUAGAGUGUACCAAAGAUAUGGAGCUGCAUAACCGAUACACAUGCCCUUUAUGCUCUAAAUCGAUAUGUGACAUGUCCAGCGUGUGGAAGAAACUUGAUGAAGAGGUUGCUGCUUACAAAAUCCCAAAAGUGUACGAAGACAAGAUGGUAUGGAUUCUUUGCAAUGACUGUGGUUCAAACACGGAUGUCCGGUUUCAUUUGAUCGCGCAUAAGUGCAGUAGCUGCGGUUCAUACAAUACUAGAAAGACGCAGAGAGGACCUAAUACUCACUCUUACUCUUCAGGAGUUCCUCAGGUUGUUAGUUCAACCGGUUAACUAAAACUUGAACCAGAACUGGUUUGGACCUAGGGGUGUUCAAUCCGGAUAUCGGUUCGGUUUAGGUUCGGUUUUUUUCGGUUUUCGGUA